AUGGCCAGAAGGAGACGCGCCGCCAACGCCUCGGCAUCCAGUAACGAAAACGUGACACCCGCCUUGUCGUCCGCCUUUGACGAUAUCAACGCCGCAGCCAACCUUUCGGCUCCACAGAAACACGUCGACGCAGCCUAUGCAAACAGCGGCGCAAACGCGCAGACAGCCGUCAAGCUCGAGCACGACCUCCAGCCAGCAGACGACGGUAUCAUCGACAGCAACAGCAGCUUUGCGUACACCGCGUCUACUGCAUUGCUAGCCGCGCAUCACGCCGACGUCAACUCCGACGUCAACACCGACAUCUACGGCGCCGCGCUGGGCUCGUCUGACCCCGACGCCCACAUCGAUCCUGACUUGAGGCCGCCGUUGUCUCCGUAUUCUUUGUCGCACGCCUUGUAUCCUGCCGCCACAAUGUCGGCCGCCCCUCCGUCUGCCGCGCCCGCUGCUCCGGUCGCAUCGCCGCAGCAAGCGCCCGCGCCCAUUCCGCAGCAACAGCAGCCGUCAUCUCACACAGCCCCGGUGCCUUUGGCGCCGCAACAGUCUCUGUCGCCCGCCGGGUCCCAGGAGCACACCGAAGUCAUCACGGACGGCCGCAAGGGCCCCCGGCGCGAGCUGUCCACCAGCAAACGCGCUGCGCAAAACCGCGCCGCUCAAAGGGCCUUCCGCCAGCGUAAAGAGGGCUACAUCAAGAAGCUCGAGCAGCAGGUGCAGGACUUUGGCGAGAUGGAAACCCAGUUCAAGAUUAUCCAAUCGGAAAACUACGCCCUGCGGGAGUAUAUCAUCCACCUACAGUCGCGCCUCUUGGACGCCAAGGCUGAGCUGCCCCAACCGCCUGCGAACCUGAACCUCGCCGGGCCCGGCAUGCCACCUAUCCUGGGCAUCGGUCCGUCGCCGGCUCUUGCUGCGCAGCAGCAGCAGCAGCAGCAGCAGCACGAGCAGCAGGCACAGAUCCAGCGCCAACAACAGCUGCACCUGCAACAACAGCAGCCACUGGCGCAGCAGGAGCCGCCAUCACAAUACCCAGAUCCGCCGCAGCCCCAGCAGCAACAGCAGGCGCGUGCGCCAUCACCCGCCGCACACCCCGCCGCCACGCCCACUGCGGCACAGGCUGUCGCUGCGGCUGCAGCGGCCGCCGCUGCUGCGGCCGACACCUCAUCGCGCGAAGCCAACACCGCCGCUGGCUCAGACUCCAAAAACGACUCGUCCCUUGCGCGCGUGGCCCAGGCUGUCGCCCAACUCGGCAACAACGGCAACGCCCCGGCCACCGCCAUGGAUACCAGCCGCGACGACCCUGCUAACGGCAUCAAGGCCGACAACAACACCAACGGCAACACCAACGGCAACGGCAACGACGCCGGCGAGCCCAUGGACACGUCCGAGGAGGCUAUCAGCCAGAAGCUGCAGAAGCUGUCGGAGCCUGUCUUGUCCAUGUAA